UUGAAAAUGCAACUCGACUUGAGGAAUGAAGAAGCACCCAACUUCGUAGUAAGAAAGUUAAGCUUUUCUUUCAUAUAAGAACCUCGACUGGCUAUAUUGACAUGUCACCGUCCAUGUCGACGUGGAAGGAAGAACAUGGCGGGAUGGGUUUUCCCGCGCGAAAGGCCUCGAGAGCAAGAGAGCAGCGGGAGCUUGAGAGCUUGAGCAAAGGCAUUCGGGCCAAAUUUCUUGACGCUACGAGAAAUGUGCUGAAUUGCGCCUCCAGACGACGAGCAGAAGAUUGUCUGGAGCCAUGACUGAUGUGUCGGCUUCUUCCCCGCAUCCUUACACCGAUGGACCGUCAUCCCCAGGAAGCGAUGCAGCUGAACCAACUUCAUCCGGAGGCCAGCGCAGGAGGGAGCGUAGGAGGUCUGUAAGUCGAGCUUCUUCAGGCGGCUACCCGAGCUCACCUCUGGAUUUUGGAACUCCAAAUGGAACACCUCAAAACACUCCAAAUUUUGGUGGAACUCCGAAUUUCGGAACUCCUAUUACUCCACGCAAUCGGCAUACACCUCUCUACAAUGCGAAUCGUUUAUCUUCUGGCAUACGACGUAGAUUCCGUCAACCUGCCACAUCUCCAGGGGCUACACAGACAGGACCUUCUUCCGAAGGCGGUGAGCCUGAACUCGGUGCACAGCAGCUCGUAUGGGGUACAAAUAUAUGCGUGGAGGAUGUGGAGCGAGCUGUUGAAAGGUUUAUCAAGUACUACAGAGAUAAGCCGGACGACCUGGAGGCGAAAUACAUGAAGCACUUAGAGCAGAUCAUCACCGAGGAGCUAAAUACGUUAAACAUAGACGCAAGAGACCUGUGGAAUUCUGAUGAAGACUUGUACGUGAAGAUGGUACGAUACCCUCUGGAGAUUCUUGCGAUCUUCGACAUUCAGAUCGGAAAGAUGGAAAAGCCGAUUGCCGAGGCUAUCAAUCCCAACUUUGAUAACCACAUUCAGGUACGGUUUUACAACCUGAAAGAAUCAGUGAACAUGCGGGAUUUGAACCCAUCAGAUAUCGAAAAGAUGGUGUCUGUCAAGGGCAUGAUAAUUCGAUGCAGUGCCAUCAUACCGGAAAUCAAAGAAGCUUUUUUUAAAUGUCUUGUGUGCGGAUAUUCUCCUCUCCCUGUCGCUGUUGAGCGAGGACUCGUUGAUGAACCUACACGUUGUCCGCGAGAAGAGUGUGCCGCCAGGAAUUCUAUGUCGUUGAUACACAACCGAUGCAGAUUUGCUGACAAGCAGCUAGUCAGAUUACAAGAGACGCCGGACGCCAUCCCUGAAGGAGAAACUCCGCACACAGUUAGCUUGUGCAUGUAUGACACGCUUGUUGAUGCCGCAAAGCCUGGAGAUCGUGUGGAGGUUACAGGAAUCUUCAGAGCGAUGGCUGUGCGACUUGGGCCUGCACAAAGAACUCUGAAGUCCUUAUACAGGACUUACAUCGACUGUCUUCACUUGAAAAAACAAGACAAUUCUCGUAUGCAAGCAGAGGAUCCUCUCGAACAAGACCAGAACAACGAUUACUUCUCCCCUUUUCCAGAGAGCAACCGUACUCCUGAGGAGUCUGAAGCGCAGAUCCAAAAACUCAAAGAGCUAUCUCAGCUGCCGGACAUUUACGAAAGGUUGACGAGAUCCUUAGCUCCCAGUAUAUGGGAGCUGGAGGAUAUUAAGAAAGGUCUCCUUUGCCAGCUUUUUGGUGGAUCUGUCAAGAAACUGUCAUCUGGUGCCUCUUUUCGUGGGGAUAUCAACGUUCUUCUCGUUGGAGAUCCCGGAACAAGCAAGUCACAACUUCUGCAGUAUGUGCACAAGCUUGCUCCCCGUGGCAUUUACACGAGUGGGAGAGGAAGCUCAGCGGUGGGAUUAACAGCCUACGUCACAAAGGACCCCGAAACCAAAGAGAUGGUUCUGGAGAGUGGGGCUCUAGUGCUUAGUGAUCGUGGUAUCUGCUGCAUUGACGAAUUUGAUAAAAUGUCAGACAAUGCAAGGAGUAUGCUCCAUGAGGUGAUGGAACAACAAACUGUUUCAGUUGCCAAGUCUGGCAUAAUUGCUUCACUUAACGCGAGAACAUCAGUUUUAGCUUGUGCCAAUCCAAGUGGAUCACGGUACAACCCACGUCUGUCUGUGAUAGACAACAUUCAUCUACCACCGACUUUGCUCUCCAGGUUUGAUCUCAUCUACCUCGUCCUAGAUAAACCAGAUGAACAGAAUGAUCGGCGUCUAGCGCGACAUUUGGUGGCCUUGCACUUUUUGAAUCCUCAGGUUCGAAUUCAAGAAAGCCUGGACUUACCAACACUCACAUCAUACAUAAGCUACGCCCGACAGCACUGUCAUCCUAAACUUUCUGAUGAAGCUGCGGAAGAUCUCAUCAACGGUUAUGUUGCUAUGAGGAGGAAAGGAAAUUUCCCCGGUAGUAGUAAGAAGGUUAUUACUGCCACGCCGAGACAAUUGGAGAGCAUUAUUCGGCUCAGUGAAGCACUCGCUCGCGUGCGGCUUUCGGAUGUGGUAGAGAGACGUGACGCUGCAGAAGCAUUAAGAUUGAUGGAUGUUGCCCUUCAGCAGUCAGCGACAGAUCAUGCCACAGGCACUAUCGACAUGGAUCUCAUAACAACGGGAGUGUCAGCAAGUGAGAGAGCUCGACGCUCCAACUUAGUGGCGGCCGUGCGAAGCAUGAUUUCUGAAAAGCUACAAGCUGGGAAUUCUUUUUUGAAAGCACCGCAACUCCUUGAGGAUAUGAGGAAGGACUCUACGGGCGAGAUUACCCUCAACGAUCUACGCAAUGCUUUGGCCUCCUUGGCUGUUGAAGGUUUUAUUUCGCUACAAGGCGACACGAUUCGAAGAAUAUAACAGCUAUUCUCUUUGAAUUGUCUUCCUUUAGUAGAAGGCAGUGAUAUAUUUGACGAUACGGAGGUGUAGAGAUGAAGACCAAGCGAAAGGUACCAUUUUAAUGUAAAUUAAGUCUGCGGACACUGUCAGCCGUAGAUCAAAACAGAAGAUUCGUAGUGUAUAUAAACAGAAUAACAUUGUUUGCCCAUGCGGUAAAAUCAGGCAUACCUUUAGUUUACCAACGUCAACUUCUUGUGUCUUGCCUGGGUGCAUCUGCAUCAGUGUGUCGAGAUAUCAUGCGAUGUCACUUCUAUCCUGAUCACAAUCAUCUUGAGGUUCAUUUAUUGAAAUUGCAAAAUGAAGUGUCAUAUCAGAUCCCUGGAGCACUUUC